UCCAUCACCAUCAUCCACUACUUCAUAAAACAAACAAACAAACAUUUGAUUCAAGUGAAUCCUGGUUUGAAUUGUUUUUUUUUAUCUAGUUUCAUCAUCUAGUAUUUUUGUAUAUCCUGUUCACAUGUACGCGGUGUUAAAUUUGAAAUUAUAGCGUGUGCUUUUCGUUACAUAAUAUCAAUCAAUUUGAUUUGAAUAAUGAAGAAUUAUUUAUUGUCAACAAUUUUAUUAUUGUUAUUUUGUUGUGGACGAUUGUCUGUGAAAAUUAUUGAUGCAAAACAACAAUCAAUUAUUGGAACAUCGGACAAUCAUCAUCAUCCUGCACAAACACCCGAUGCAACAGCCAAUGAUGAAGAAGCUUUAGCAGCUGAAGAUGCAGCCGCUGCUGUUGCUGCCGUUUCACAUUUAAUCGAUCGUCAUGUUUUUCAUUAUCAAGAAUGGUCAUCAAAUUUAAACUAUACAAAAUUGCUUAAAAAUUGUUCCUAUGUUGAUAAUGAUUUAUUUUGUGAUUGUGAUUUAUUGUCCCGUACAUUUAUCUGUUAUAAUGUACAAUCGGUUGAUCAAAUUCGUCGAGCAUUUGAUCAUCUAUUGAAUUCUACACGUUCUAUCUAUUGGAAUCGAUUAGAGAUUCAUUGUAUAGAACCAUAUUCUAAUGAUGAUCCAACGGCUACUAGUUCAGAUAAUUCUGGUACAACAAAACAAUCAACCAUACCACCAAAUAAAAGUUUUCAUAUUUCAUAUGAAUUGUUUACUGAUGGUCCUCGUUUUGAUUCAAUAUUAUUUGUGGGUGAUUGUUCAAAACCACGACAUUAUGAUAAUUUAAUUGCUGUCGAUCGUGAUGUACAACAAAUUAUAAUGCAUAGAAAUAUGUUACGAAUGUCUACAUCUUGUAGUCUAUUUCAACCGAAAUUUGAACGUCUAAAUGAACUUAUACUUAAAGAUUGUCUUGUUGCUGGUGAUAUGAUUUCAUCAACAUUUUCUACUCGUUGUCUUGGCCAUUAUGGUACACGAAAUGAACCGAUGCAAUUGUUCAAAUUGAUCAUAACAUCAUGUAAUAUUUCAUUGAUUGAAAGUGGUGCAUUCUAUAAUUUUGCCGAACUUGAAUUGAUUGAUCUAAGUCGAAAUCAGAUUACACAUUUAUCACGUCAAGCAUUUGCACCACAUCUUUAUCGUUUACGUACAUUAAAACUUGACCAUAAUAAACUGACAAGUUUAAAUGGAGAAUUUUUCGAAAAAUUACCCGAACUUCGUGAAGUUUUACUAUCGGAAAAUCGUCUUACAACUUUACCAUUUUUGCCAAGUGCCGGACCAGGCGUUGCUCAAGUAUUACAAUUGAGUGAAAAUCCUUGGGAUUGUCGUUGUCGAUUGACAUGGAUUUUAGAAGAACCAAUGGAUUCAGUUAGAUUAAUAUCCGAUGAACCACGUUGUGAAACUCCUAUAAAUUUUCAAAAUCAAACCCUAUUCAAAGGACUACAAUUAGUGAAACAAACUUUUUGCUAAAUCAAUUUAACAAAAAUCAUCAUACAAAAAAUCUAAUAAAUAAAUAAAUUCAUGUUACAAACAAACAUUUAUAAAUUCGUGUUCAUAAU